AUGUCUUGCAUGAUAUACAAGCCCAUUAUCGCCACGGCCUCUAUCUACACGGUCAUGGGGAUACCUCCGCCGCCCCCUCCGCCCCCACCUCCGCCCCCCUGCUAUUGGGUUUCAUUUGCGCGUGUCUUGGGACGCAGGAAGGGUCUUUACUCGACCGACUCCUGCCCGUGUUCCGUUAGCCUGGGGAAGGCAAUGACGGAUAUUGAGGAAAUCACCAAGUGGCUCUACGGCACAGCUCAGCCAUCGGUACCAAACAGCGUACUAUCUUCGGAAAUUGAGGACGCUAUCCUCCGCAAGCCCGCCGAUGCGACGCCUGCCGGGCAUGCUUCGCAGUCGGAGACAGCCACUGGACUAGUAGUCAUGGCUCCACGCCCCACCAAACCUGCCAGUUACGAUUUUGGCGUCCCAAUCAUCGCCGAACCACUACCUCCUCUCGAUGACAUCCCCGAAAUACCUGACGAAGAUAUUCUGUCGGGUGCCCCACCCAUCGCGCUGGACGGAAGCGUCAAUCCCGAGCUAUGGGCGCCCUCAGAGGUCGAAGCAGAGAUCAUGCCGCCCCUCAUUCCCGCCAAGGCCACUUCGCGGGCGCAGGGUCGACGCUCUAGCCAAGCCGAGGUAGAGAAGGCUUUGGUGUCUCUGUACAUGUCGCACAGGAACGCAAAACGACCAUCCACGCUGGGGCCCACCCCUUUUCCCACUAUACUCGAAGACGUGGAGUGGCCCAACACUGCCGCGUUCGCUAUGGCUCGUACGCCGAAGUCGAAGAGGAGAGCAGGAGGUAGAGGGCGUCCCAAGACACGCCGUGGAGAUGAGAAUGCAGUUAUGUUCGGAACCCUCAGUCGAGAAGAACGCGCGACACCCAAGUAUGGCCGCGCGCACGUCACAUCGUUCGCAUCUCUUGCGGGUUCGCCUCUCCACUAG